AUGGCUCCCUACAUCAACAACGUCAACAUCAACAACAACAUCAAUAACAACAACAAUAUCCAACAAACGAACAUCUACCCUCAGCCUCCCCACCCUAACCGUCCGAUCAACGAGUUUUACCCUCCACUUGAGAAUGAACCUCAAAUCACAUUCGAUGAGGUCCAACAACGUCAUGGCCUGACUGCCCGGCUCUUCGUUGGAAAUCUUUCGGUCACCGUCGAGCAACAAACGCUCAUGCAUGAUUUGCAUGAAGCAUUCAAGAAGCACGGAUCCUGUUAUGUGGCGCUCAAGUACAGCAGAACCAAGCUAGGCCGGCAACUGCCUGGGGCGUUCGUCCAGUACGAACGUCCUGGACAUGCCCAAGCAGCUCUCAGCAUGGAGAAGCGACAGCUGCACGGCCGCCCUCUGAGGGUUGAGAUGGCAGUCGGGAAUAGGAAUCAGCCUGCCAGUGGGUCCCAGGCGCCACAGACAGCACAGAUAGCACAGAUAGCACAGAUGGUACAUCCCCAGGCGCCCUAUUCCCAGGUGGCAUACCCCCCGAUGCUUUAUCCUCAGGUGCCCUACACUCAGGUGGCAUAUCCUCCGGUGCCGUGUCCCCCGAUGCCUAUUCCCCCGAUGCACUACCUUCAGAUGCCACCACAGGGGUAUCUGUACCAGCAGGCCACUCCGAGCGAACCCACCUCUGGUUCUUAUAUGAACCCUUAUAUGGCUGGUGCCCCUGGCCCUUAUCCACCCGUUUGGGGGCAGCAGAACUAUUCCGAGCAGAUGGGAUAUAACAAUUACCCGGUGGCCCCAUAUCCGCAUAAUUGGGAGGCGCAGAGCUACCCUGUGCAGGCGGAGGCCAGUAACGUUCCGGUUUUGGAACAGGCUAUUGAUGAGGACCAACAGGCAUCUAGUGAGGGCCAGCUUGAGCAUCAGCAGCACUCGGCCGCCACCACCUGGGAGGGACCCCUAAUUGUGGAUGGGUCGGUUGGGUCAAACAAUGAGAGCAAGUGA